GCUGUGUAAACAUUAUAUUAACGUAAGAACCGUUCCCUCUUUUUUUUUCCGAAAUCAUACUGAGACCAGGUAGAAGCGCUUUCUCACCUCCGCAGCCACUGGAGGGCGUGAUGUAAACAACUUGUGUCUCAAAGUAACAGAUGGACAACAACUCUGGUGACUUUAAAAGUUGGAUAUACUCUCGAGAAUGGAAAAUGAGAAAGAAGAAUUCUAAAAGAUUUGGAUGUAAAUUCUCAGAAACAUUUAAAGGAGAGCAAGACUGACCCGAAGUUUGUGGAACCAGAAAAUGAGACAAAUUGCAAGACAGCUAUAAGAACGGUGGAACAGAGCAGUGUGAUGGUGAGAGCAAUUAAAAAUCACAAGACCAGCAUGAGAAAACAAAGUGCUGAGAACCUAUUGGGUACAGAAGAGGAAGACAAGACCUCUGGUAAAGAGAAUGAAUGUCAGGAUUACCUGUUAAAGCAGCCAUUGAUAUGUGAAAACAGUGAAAAGCUUGGACACUGUGAAGCACCAGAUAAUUGUAACAACAAUUUCACAAAGAUGGAUACAGACAGUGAGGAAAAGAGACUGCGUACGCGCUCUAAAGGAUCUCGGGUUCCAGUGGAGCCCAUGACACAGGAGCUGAGUUCACAUAAUUGUUCUGUGGCAAGAAAGAGAAAGAUGCAAGAACAGAAAUUUGGAGCAUCGGUAAACAAGAGAAAAUCCCUGCUGAUGAAACCCCGUCACUAUACUCCUAGCAAUGACUGUGAAGAAGAAAGCAAAGAGGAAAACAGACUUCUGCAAUCAGCACAUGAAGAUCUUCAAAUGGACCUUCCAGAGAAAGAUACCAAUAAUAACAGUGAUGAUUUUAACAGCUACCAGGAGUUGGUAGCUAAAUCACUUCAGGAUCUGGGGAAAAUAGCAGAAGAUGCAGCAAUCCAGAGAUCCGCUGAAAGCAAUUUAAAUGACAGUGGGGUCCAAUCUUUGGAGGGGGAAAGUGAUGCAGAUGAAAGUCAUGCGCCUGUAGUUUUCACGAAAGACAAGUCACCUGCAUGUGAGAAAGAAGUGAUACUGCAUUAUUCUUGUGGAGUAAAGAAUCAAAUGCUUUCUGAAGAUAUUUAUGAAAACUGUGAGCAACCCCAAGAUUUAAGAAAACCAUCUAACAUGAGCAAUCUAAAACCCUUUGCAGCCCACGGUUAUAACCUGGGCUGUAAAUCUACGAACAGUUUAGAAGCAAGAGGAAAGGAAAUUGAGAUGAUAGAAGGCAUCUCACAGGAGACUGCCUACCAAAACAGUGUCAACAAUAUUGGAGAAGCACAAAAUUCAAAGCCAGACAUUUCUGUCAAUAAGAUUGGGUCUCCAAAAACUGAUGAUGACUGUGCAUCUCAGAUUUCUACAACCACAGAAGGUACAGAAGAUUUUGACACAGCAAAGGGAAACCUAAGUCUUCUGGAACAGGCUAUUGCUCUGCAGGCAGAGCAGGGAUAUAUCAUAAAGGGAACACACAAGGGAAAUGAAAGCAUCUUACUAGGCAAGCUAACUGCAGAGAGACAACAUUGCAAAAUGAUUGACAUAGGAAUCAGAAAGAAUUACUCUAGCAAAGAUUCUAUUAGAUGUGACAAAAAAGAAUCAAAGUGUCCAACUCCAGGCUGUGAUGGCAGUGGUCAUAUUACUGGGCUGUAUCCUCAUCACCGGAGUUUUUCAGGCUGUCCUCACAAAAUGAGAGUUCCACCAGAUAUCCUUGCUAUGCAUGAGAAUGUGCUCAGGUGUCCAACCCCAGGCUGUACAGGAAGAGGACAUGUGAAUAGCAAUCGUAAUUCUCACCGAAGUCUCUCUGGUUGCCCAAUUGCUGCAGCAGAAAAAAUGACUAAAUGCCAAGACAAGCAGAAUGAGCUGGCAAAGGUUGGACAAAGUCCGGAUCAAAUAUUCAGGCCAAUUUGUCUGGUGAAACAAAUGGAGAUUUCUCAGUUCAGUUAUGGAUCCACACAACCCAUCAGCACAUCCCAUACCAACAUAUCAAAAGAGCUGGACAAAUGUACUAAGGCUCCCUUUGAUUAUGCCAGUUUUGAUGCACAAGUAUUUGGAAAGCACACAUUUACAUCAAAAUUUCCAGAACGGGAAGCUGUUCAAUUUUGUGAAUCUAAACACUUUUCAGGUCCAGUGACUUCCUCUAAUCGAAUAUCCAGUGCCUCUGUACAAAAUCCAUGCCACUCCAGUAUCUACACCUACAGUCAUGAUACUGAAGCAACUCAUAUAGCAGCUGCAGCUAUCCUCAACCUAUCCACACGUUGCAGAGAGAUACCAGAGAACCUCUCCACAAAAGCACAAGAUUUGUCAACUAAGAACACAGACAUAGAAGUGGAUGAAAAUGGAACGCUUGACUUAAGCAUGAACAAGAAUAGGAACCGAGACAAAGUUGCCACUGUCAUCUCUGCAGCAAGCACACCGGAAUCUCCCCCCUCUUACCUAAACAGUAUCUUGAUAACUCCUCAGUACUACCAAGCAUUGUGUGAGCAAGAAGGAUGGGACACGCCUGUCAAUUACACUAAAGCACAGAUACGUAAGGAAGAGGAGAAAGAGAAAGAAGACAUUGGCCCAGAAGAAGGUAUGGAAGAAAGGAGGUACCCUGGUGAGGUGACUGUCACAAGUUCACAGUCCAAAGCUCUGAGCAAAGAUUCAAAGAAAGAGCUCAUAACUUGCCCAACCCCAGGAUGUGACGGUAGUGGCCACGUAACUGGAAAUUAUGCAUCCCACCGCAGCGUGUCUGGUUGUCCUUUGGCUGACAAGAGCCUUAAAAGUCUUAUGGCAGCCAGCUCCCAGGAACUGAAGUGUCCAACACCUGGUUGUGAUGGCUCUGGUCAUGUGACUGGAAAUUAUGCUUCACACAGAAGCCUUUCCGGAUGUCCACGUGCAAAAAAAGGUGGAAUUAAACUGGCAUCCAGUAAGGAUGAUAAAGAAGACUCAGAGUUAGUCAGGUGCCCAGUGAUAGGUUGUGAUGGGCAAGGUCACAUAUCUGGGAAAUACUCGUCACAUCGCAGUGCAUCAGGUUGCCCCUUAGCUGCAAAGAGACAAAAGGAAGUUUCUCUGAAUGGGUCCCAAUUCCCUUGGAAAUCUGGCAAAGCAGAAGUUACAUCCUGCCCUACACCAGGCUGUGAUGGAUCUGGUCACAUUAAUGGCAGCUUUGUCACUCACAGAAGUUUGUCAGGCUGUCCCCGAGCUUCCCUCGCACUGAAGAAAGGCAAAUUGUCAGGUGAUGAAUUGAUGACCAUCAAGCUCAGGGCAAGUAGAGGAGCUGAAAGUGAUGAGGAGAUCAAUCAUUUGGAUGAUGAGAUUAAGGAGCUGAAUGAAUCAAACUUAAAAAUGGAAGCAGAUAUGAUAAAGCUUCAAACACAGAUUACUUCCAUGGAGAGCAAUUUGAAAACAAUUGAGGAGGAGAAUAAACUAAUUGAGCAGCACAAUGAGAGUUUGUUAAAGGAGUUAGCUGGUCUGAGUCAGGCCCUUAUUAACAGCCUCGCUGACAUCCAACUCCCACAAAUGGAGCCAAUCAGCGAACAGAAUUUUGAUUUGUAUGUGAACACAUUGACUGACAUGUACAGCAGUUUGGAGAGGAAUUACACCCCUGAGAGCAAGGCCCUUCUGGAAAGCAUAAAACAAGCGGUAAAAGGUAUCCAGGUGUGAAAUUUGUCCAUGCCAUGCUAAUGACAUUUUUUAUUCAUAAACAGUGCACUUCAGCUUCAAGUGUUUAUCGUGUAUGCAAUGCUGACCUGUCUUAGGAAAUGCAAAAACCAUAUUUACAACAGUCACUUCACAACACGAAUCACUAUCCUUCCUUUAUGGACACAAUUUGAAGGUAUCAGAACAAAAGCUAGAAAACAUGCAUAGAACACUGCUAUUUUUAAUGCCCAACAAUGCUGUUGUAGUUACAGACCCUUUUGAAAUCAAACUAGAGGUUAAUUUCUGUAAUAUAAAUUUCAGAUUAAUUACAAAAAAACAGUCUUCAAAUUAUGCAGUGAUAGCAUAUGAGCACUUAACAUGUUCAUCUAAAUGCUUCACUCUGCUAUUUCAGCAGAGGUGUUAACCCAUUAGAAAUAAAUGGGUUUCACACCCCUACCAAAAUACCAGAGUUCGGAAUUACAGAUAGAUUAGACAUUCAUAUGUCAGGAUCUAAAUGCUUGCCUUCAGAGUAUGUUUAAAAUAUCUUCAACUGUGUUCAUCAUGAGUGAUAUUUAAAGAAGAAUGUUGUGCAGUACUGAUUCUUAAUAGUUUUCCUAACCAGCCCAUGUAGGUCUUAUGAUGGGACAUUGACACUUUUAAAGCAAAUUAGGAGGGAUGACAACAUCUAGAUCACUGCACUGACUUCAGAUACUUUCCUUUUG